AUGUCCAAAGUCUUCUUCGAUCUCACUGCCAAUGGAAUCCCCAAAGGUAGAGUUGUUUUCAAGCUUUACAACGACGUUGUUCCCAAAACCACCGAAAACUUCAGAGCCUUAUGUACUGGUGAAAAAGGAAAUUCUGCGGAGAGCGGAAAGCCUCUUCAUUACAAGGGCAGCACCUUCCACCGUGUCAUCAAAAGCUUCAUGUGCCAAGGUGGCGAUUUUACGCACGGCACAGGAAUUGGUGGCGAGUCGAUUUACGGGAACAAAUUUGAAGACGAAAACUUCAAGUUGACUCACGACAAGCCCUUUUUGUUAUCGAUGGCCAAUGCUGGGCCCAACACAAACGGGUCCCAGUUCUUCAUCACCACCGUGCCCACGCCACAUUUGAACGGAAAGCACGUUGUUUUUGGUGAGGUGAUCCAGGGCAAAUCUGUGGUGAGAGAGCUCGAACGAUGCGAGAAAGGAGACGGAGAUAAGCCUACAGAAGACUGGGUCAUUGCCGACUGUGGUGAGCUCCCUGCAGACUACGUCCCUGAGGCAUCUGCUGUUUCUGAUGACGGCACUGGUGAUAUCUACGAGGCUGUGUUGGCCGAUGACGAUAAAAUUGACCAAUCGCAGCCACAAUCUGUGCUAGACGCAGCCAAAUUCUUGAAGGACUUGGGCACCAAGCUCUUGAAGGAGGGCAAGUUGGAGAAGGCUCUCGAAAAGUACACUAAAGGCUCUGGCUUUUUGAACGACUUCACGCCCGAGUCUUUGAGCGAGGAGCUCACCAAUGAGAAGACCUCCUUGAGUGUAUCCUUGGCCUUGAACGCCGCUUUGGUGGCGUUGAAAUUAAAGGAUGGUAAGAAGGCUGUUCGCGCUGCUGACGAGGCUUUGGCCUUCUCCCAGGCCGACGAAAAAACCACGGCAAAAGCCUGGUACAGAAAGGGUUCCGGAUAUCUUCUUUUGAAGGAUGAGGACAACGCAGAAGCUGCGUUCAAGUCUGCUCUUGCUCUUUCUCCUAGCGAUGCUGCCGUGUUGAAGGGCCUCAGAGAUGUCAAAGAAUUGGCUCAGGUACGGACUGCCAAGCAGAAAAAGGCCAUGUCCAAGUUCUUCGGUUGA